CGGACAGUUAAUAUUGGUGCACCAAUUGUAUGAGCUCGGUCCUGGAUAUUAAUUUUUAUAAUUAUCUUUUAUACUUUAUUGUUCAGUGUAUUCGAGCCGCGUUUGAAUGAUCUACGUAUAUCGUGUGUUUUUGCAUGUAUAUGACUGUACGUUAAGCUUAUUUGGAUUAAACCUGCAUACCGAAGGAGACCAGAAAAAGACGCGGAUGCAGAUCAGAGGUAGUUCAGCUCCGUUUCACUGGCAGCGCAGCGACAACUCCUUUUCCUUUACCUUUUCCCCAGUGAUCUCUCCCUCACUGCCCCAAAGCAUCAUGGAUCCGGACGAGUCCCAACCCAGACACACUGCAGACUCAGAAUCCAGUUCAGGUUUCGCUUUCAACUUCCGGAUCCCUGCUGAAUCGGAGCAGAAGAGUGACCCAGAACCCUGCACAGGGAAAACAGUGAUGAGUGAAACGGCCCAAGGCUCGGAGUCUUCUACAUCCAAGAAGAAGAAGAAGAAGAAGAAACCAGGAGCAGCUGUAGAGGAGAAUGUAAAUAAAACGAGGGAGGAAGCGCCCAAGCAGGAGAGCACUGAACUGACUCCAGAGCAGCAGCUGAGUCGAGAACUGGACUGGUGUAUUGAGCAGCUCGAGUUGGGACUGAGGACUCAAAAAUCCUCUACUAAACAAAGAGAGGAAGCCUCUCGUGCUCUAAAGACUCUGCGCAGUUCCAAAGCACCAAUUGUGAAAAAGAGGCAAGUGAUGAGAGCCGUGUCUGGAGAUUACCGCAAAAAGAUGGAGGAGGACAGAGAGAGACAGUACAAACUGAUCAGCUCAGCGAUGUCAUCAGCGAAGGUGACGUGUGUGUCAGAGCCUGGCUGUAGAGCAGUGUAUCACCGGCGCGCUGAGACUCACAGACCUCCAGCACGCAGCACAGACGCUUCACCUCAGACUGAGCAGACACAUGGCACCGGGGACAGAUUUGUGUUCAGACCUUCAGGAGAAGAGUUUCGCUUUAACUUCAAUCUCUGAUCGUCCUCACUGGGGGAAAACACACUGUGUUUCUCUGUGAAUGUGUUUUUAUGUGUAACAUCAUUAUGACGUUGUUCAAUAAACAUUAGAAAUCA